AUGUGGUUUGCUGACAUGCUCUAUGCCAUGGAAUCUCUCGUGCCUUACAUUGGCAACAUCGACCGAGUGCAGGAAGACUGCGAUGUGUUGACUCUUACCCUUGCGAAGUAUGAGAAGGUCAACCUCAAGGAGUUCCGGUCUGUGAUGUUUGCCAGCCUUAGAUCACUCCUGCCCACCACCUGGAGCUCGGAGCAUGAGAAUGCCUGGGCCUGGUUCUGGGGCAUUGUGGAGAAGAAGGUCGAGGAGAACAAGCAGCUCCCCGUGCACAACCACCAGUGCCUCAGAAGUUUCCUUGCCCGCAUGGAUGAGGAGACCCUUGCUGACUUCAAGCUCAAGGUCUUUGACACCUUCUUCGCAACGACUGAGGAGUCGCAGCUGUACCUGCGCGCGGCCAACAAGCGCCUGAUGUACAUCAUGGGGCGGAUUUUGACGAUCAUGUCCGACAUCUACACGAAGACCCAUCAAGCGGUGAUUGCCCUGUCUGCUCUUGGUCUACUCCACGCAGGACAUGGGGUCCCCGAGGAUUUGGUGCGCCCCUUCGUUCAAGCCUUCAUGGGAGGAAUCAAGGAGAACUGUCCGGAUGAGUCGUUGCAUGAUGGGCUUUGGUGGACGCUGGAUCUCAUCGGCAGGAUCUUCAUCCGAACUUUGGCGGAGGGCUCAACACCUGUGAUCAUCGCCAUCAACAGGAACACUGCCAAGGCCAUGAAGACGGCUGUCGCGAACUAUCCGCGUGGGGAGCGCGAGGUGAUCUUGCUCAAGGUCCAAGUGGGCACCGAGUCCAUGUCUCCCCUCAUAUGGGCCGUUGAGAAGCUUAGAAGCAAGCUAGGCCCGGGAACCCACGAACUGAGGAAGGGAGCCUUGGAGAGUGCCAAGGAAAUCCUCAACGACUUGCUCACCAUGCGUGCAGACCGUGCGCGGUACUACUACGGCAUGGAAAUGCUCUUCACCCGCCACUCGGACAUCAUCAGCCUGCUCUGCACCAAAGCGCCAUCCUUGCUUCCCACCUUGUUUGAUGGCCUCAUCUGGCGUUCCAAGAAUGUCAAGAAUGGUAUGCGUCGCGCGAACUACUACAUCGCUUCCUUGCUGAGAGAUGAAAAUGGCCAGCUAACGGAUUCCCUCCUGGACCUGAUCAAGCAAGGGGAUUGCGAGAUCAUUUGCCAUCCGACGGUGGUCUUCCAAGCGGACCUCCUUUGGACUCGGCUUUGUUGCCUGCCCUGGGCCCUGACGAAGUGUUGGUUCUGCCUCACUCUCGUCCUUUAUAUCAUGGCGGAGCAGCAAGCCAUUGUUUCAAGUGAUCCGUUGAGCACUGACCGAUUCACCGUAAUUGCCUGCCGGGCACUGCUUUACGUUUGCAGCCUGGGGCAGCUUUUCGCCAAGCAUGCAUUCCAGACAUACAGAGCCGUUCGCCAGAAGGAAAUGAUGAGAUUUUGCUGCAUGCCGGUGCCCAAGUAUGUGCUGCGCACGCGGCAGGAGUUAGUCGAAGUCCUUCUACUGCUCCUCCUGAUCUGCCUGCUGUGCAUUGAGCCAGCACUCCACUGUCUUGCCGUCAGUAGCGAGCUCCUCAUCGACUGCUGCGAGUACGGCGAGUGGCAAUGCAACCUCAUGCACACCUACAACCGCCUCGCUGCCUUCCCGAUGGUGCUCUACUUUAUACUUGCCUCUGAGUUGGUACACCUCAACGUUCACCUCUCCGUCUUCAGCGUGAUUUGUUCGAGCCUCAUGUGGGAGUUCCUCUUGUAUGUGGCAGUCCUGAUUUUCUUUACGGCGGCUUUUGCUUCGGCAGUUGCUUGCUUGCCGCAGUCCAUGGGCUCGGAUUCUGUUCAGAUGAGGGACUUCUUCAGCUGGCCUCUUGCCUUUGAGUCCUUGUUGUCCAUGGCUUUCAACACCUAUGGCAGUGACAACUACGAGCAGAUUGCGCAGGAAGACGAACCGAUGUUGAAGUGGUUCGUCAUGGGCUUCGCUGCUUGCUGGCACGUGUACCUGAUGAAUUUGAUGGUCGCCCAGCUGUGCCAGCGCUACAACGAGAUAUUCCACGAUGCACGCGGCAAUGCCCGGCUCACACGCGGCAUCAACAUCUACGAGACGUCAAUGCCACUGAUUUCCAAGAAGCGGUGGACUGGCUUUGUCGAGUCCUUGCGUUUGGAGGAGGCCUGCGAGCUGGACGAGGGCGACAACGGACCGCGUGGUGCGGUGCCCACCACGGAGGAUCCCUACGACUACUUGCAAUACCCCAAAGUAACGCUGGACCGUGUUCAGCGAUAUGGAGGACUUGCAAAUCCCGAGCUACCCUGGCCUUCGCUUGAGGAGGCCAUCGAUGACAGUGCGGUCGGCAAGUUGACGCGGAUGACGCAAGCCAAGUUUGAGGAAAUGGACCGGCUGAUGCUGGGCUCUUCUUAA